AUGGAAAGAUAUCAUAGAGAAUUAACAGAUGAAAAUCCUGAAUAUUAAUUGAUCUUGCAGGAUUCAAUUGAAUCAGAUCCCAAUGAUUUCAAUUAGACAUAAACAUAAGUAUGGAGAAAUGAACUUAAAGUAGGUGAUAUCGUUGAUGUCAAUUUAGAGUUACCAAAAUCUUAAGGGGAUUUAGUUUGGGUCUAAGCAAAGAUUAUGUAAAUAUAAUUUGAAGUCUAUCUUAAACUAGACUUUAUUUUUGAUAAAUGGUAGCAAAAACAAACUAUUAACAAGUGGUCUGUCAAAAUUUAGUAGUUCGGAAUACACACACAAGAUUCAUAUAAAUAAAGAGAUAACUUAAAAACAAUGAUGUUUAUUGACUCUUAUAAAUUCAAUAAUUGGAAUAGAGCAAUCAUUUUGGAUAUAAAAGAAAUGAAAUUAUAAAAACAUGACUAUUGCAUUAAAAUGGCUUUUAUUGGGUGGAGAAUAUACUGUGAGUUAGAAGGGAAUAAUGAAGAUGAAAUUGGAUCAUUCAUUGGUUGGUCAAAAUCAUUUGAUGAUUGGGUUCCGCUUUAUUCCUAAAGCAUAAGACCAUUCCUCACAUAAUUAUAGCAUCUAUUUUCAGAAAUAAAAUCGACUAUAGAUAUAAGCAAAAACGAAAUCACUAACUAAGAAUAUCAAAGAAUAUGA